AAUUCGUAACCGACUAGAUCCAGAAUAAUGUUGGGGGUAUAUUUUUUGGAAAACCUAGUUUAAAUUUCCCACCCAAAUUCAGUGUAUUUAUAGGAGGUUAAUGGGAAUUACUGAUAGGUUUGCAAUGGAGAAACUUCUGCCCAGAGAAAUCGAAGUAGAUAUUUUUUCACGGGUAACGGCUGAAAGUCUCAUCCCUUGCAAACGAGUAUGCAGGACCUGGCGAGGUCUCUUCAAUGAUAAGUAAUUAAGUACUAUAUUGAUGCUCACCUACGUCGUCAAUCGAACGUAAGAUUUGGAGUCGGAGAUGAUCAUUCAUACUACCAUAAGAAGAGGGGUUCUUCUCGUUCCAGUAACAGUGAAGAUGCCGCCAAUUCAACUACAUCUAAGAGUUAUUUGUCAGCAAGGAUCCUGUUUGUGUAUGUAAUCCAAUCACAGGAGAAAAGUUGAAUCUUCCAAGGUUCAUUGUUAAUUAUCAACCAUAAGAAGUUCUUGAUAUUCUUAAUGUUGCUUCUGGAUUUGGUUAUGUUCCUUUCACUAAUGAAUACAAGGUGGUUAGAAUUUGUUACUGGGGCACGGAGGCCUUAGAGGUCCAGGUAUAUACUCUUGGUGGUAGUGGCAGCAAUGAAGGGUGGAAAUCACUGAAAGGAGAUUUCGAUUGUUUAAUGCUUACUGAUUUGACUGAAUUUCGAGGAAGAAUUUAGUAUUGUGGCUUUCGAUUUGGCAGAAGAGGACUUCUAUGUCAUGUCACCCCCAUCAUGUUUUCCUAGAGGUACGCGUCAUCGCUAUCAACUUCAGGUGUUGGGCGGGUUGUUGACAUAUGAUGAUAGCCCCCAAACAAAGCAGUCUUGGGGUUGGAGAAAGGAGUGCAGGAUACCAUGGGAAGGCAAGUGGGAUAGUGAAUACGAGCCGUUUGCCACCACAGAGAGGGGUCAUGUUUUAUUCUGGUAUAAUAAAACUAUUCUAUCUCUUUAUGACCCUAAAGCAAGAAGUGUUACAAAACUAAUGGAAGGUGAUGAUUUGGGUUUCAAAGAUUUUGAAGCGAUUCCUCACACUAACAGCUUUGUUUCAUUGAAAGCUUUAGUAAAAGCUAACUCUGACUCUGACAAUGAGGGUAAUGCAAAAUCACUGUAGUGUGGGAGUUCAGAGUCAGGCUCAGGCUAGUUAGCAGGUUAUCAGCCGGAGAUUUGGGACUGAUAGGGG